CUAAUUUAGCACUCUUCGUUUUAUUCGUCAAUCUUGGCGUUAAACUUCUUGUGUCAACAACAACACAACAACAGUCAACAAUUUCUUCAACUACAAUGGAGGAGAGAGCAUUCAAAAAUACGUUGGAAGACUACAGAGGCUCCACUUUUCUUGGCGAAGACAAAAAGUUGCAAAAGCAGUACCAGGAACAAGUUCUCACAGGUGUCAGGAAGCUGCAGGAAAAUGUCUGUCAAAAUGCUUCUGAUGAUGGUCGAGACUACUCAGUUUACACAGGAGCUGCAGGGCAAGCUCUACUUUGCCUUCAACUGCACACCAAAUUGCCAGGAGGAGAUAAAGAUGACCACUAUCUACAGCAAGCCUUGACCUGGUUGAAACCGUGUCUCAAGAGGCUGAAGGGCUCAAAGCUGUCCUUUCUGUGUGGAGAUGCUGGACCACUGGCUAUAGCUGCCGUUGUGCAUCACCUGCUGGGCAACAAGGAACGCAGCAAGACGUUCAUUUCCAAGGUAGAAGAUUUGUGCCGUGAUGUGUGUGCAGACAGUGAUAUGCCAGACGAGAUUUUGUAUGGAAGAUGUGGAUAUCUGUCAGCUCUGUUGUUCCUACAGCAUUACCUCAGUCCUGAUGCUGUAGACAGGGAACUCAUUGUUAAGGUUGUGGAGGCAGUACUGAGCUCCGGAGAGACUCUGUCACGAAGACAGCGAUGUUCUCAUCCCCUUAUGUAUGAGUGGCACGAUAAACCGUACUUGGGGGCUGCUCAUGGCCUUGCUGGCAUUUACUAUAUGUUGUUACAGGUGAAGGAGGCUGGUGUGCAGGAACGUGUCAGGCAGUUGGUUCAUCCGUGUGUGGACUUUAUGCUGUCUCUGAGAUUUGCUUCUGGGAACUGCCCCUCCUCCCUGGGCAGUAGUGGAGGGGACAGACUUGUUCAUUGGUGCCACGGGGCUCCUGGCUGGGUGCAUCUUUUUGCCUUGGCUUACAAGAUAUAUAAAGACAAACGGUAUCUUGAGGCAGCUCUGGACUGUGGUCGUGUGGUGUGGCAGAGAGGGCUCCUGUGCAAAGGCUAUGGGCUGUGUCAUGGAACUGCAGGAAAUGCCUACACUUUUCUGACUCUCUUCAAAUUGACUGGGGAGCAGAGAUACCUUUACUAUGCAUACAAGUUUGCAGAAUGGUGUUGUGACUAUGGCAAACAUGGAUGCCGCACACCGGACAGGCCAUUUUCAAUGUUUGAAGGUAUGGCUGGCACAGUGUAUUUCCUGGUAGAUCUGCUGGAUCCAUACAAGUCUGCAUUCCCUGCCUUUGAUUUCAUGUAAGGAUGUUUCCUCCUUCAGAUGUAAUUUUCGUGUUCAUCUGAUCGAAGGGAGAAGGGAUGUGUUCACCUGGAGGUGGAGUCUUUUUUUUGCACAAUUAAUCUCUUAUGCUGUUGAGCUGGCUCUUUUAAUUUGAUAUUGUUUACUUUAAAUACACUUGCAAUAAAGUAUAACUGAAAAGCAAA